AUGCGUCUGCAGGGACGUCCACUCUAUCACACGAUCGCAACCACACCGAGUAGCAGUAAUAUUAACAAUAACAAUAAUAGUGGUCCAGUACCUCAGUUAACGCUAAGCGAUGACGGGGAAACGUUAUGCGUAAGGAAUGGGAUGCAACGCUCCUCGUUGAGACUCAUUCAGCCAUCUCAACCGCCGCUUAAUCAAGCUCCGCAAAAACACGAUACGGAAUGCCAAGCUGGACCGGGCUUCAACGCAAUGUCGACUGGAUAUCACUCGCUGGACCGGAAGGCGCAUCUAAUGGGAUACUACAGAUCACCAAUUGAGGAUAAUCCGUACAGGUUGACCGCCCUGGGACAGCAGCAGACGUCUGCGGCGACGCUGGCUAUGGUCAGUCCGAGACAUAUCCCUCCUGGGUAUCCACAGGAUCAAUUGGGUACUCAAAAUAGACACAGUAUUACUGGUGAUUAA